UUUUUUUUUUAUUAUUAUUAAAAAGAAAAGAAAUCACGAAAAUUUUUUUUUUUCUGAUUUUCCAGUUAUUCUAAUUUGUACCUUCUAUUUCUAACGCUACCUGAAGUCCAGCAUAUCUUCAAACCCUAGCCUCCGCCCCAAUCUCUUUCUUCGACCUCCAUAGAUUUCAAAACCCAAGCUUUCAUGGGUUCCAGAAAGGGUAGCGACAAUGAUGGUGCUAGCCCUGGGAAAAUCUUUAUUGGAGGAUUAGCUAAGGACACAACUCUAGAGACUUUUACCAAAUACUUUGAAAAGUAUGGGGAGAUAACAGAUUUUGUGAUAAUGAAAGAUCGACAUACGGGUCGGCCCCGUGGUUUCGGGUUUAUUACCUUUGCGGAUCCUUCUGUUGUUGACACUGUUAUGCAAGAGGAUCAUAUUAUUAAUGGUAAACAAGUUGAGAUUAAAAGAACUAUUCCAAAAGGUUCUUCACAGUCAAAUGACUUUAAGACAAAGAAAAUUUUUGUUGGUGGGAUUCCAACAUCAGUUACCGAAGAUGAGUUCAAGAAUUUCUUCUCAAAGUAUGGAAAGGUGGUGGAACAUGAGAUAAUACGUGACCAUGCAACCAAGCGCUCUCGGGGUUUUGGUUUUAUUGUGUUUGACAGUGAUAAAGUUGUUGACAAUUUGCUGGCUGAUGGAAACAUGAUAGAUAUGGAGGGCACUCAGGUUGAAAUCAAGAAGGCUGAACCAAAGAAAGCCUCAAACCCAGCACCUGGUCCUGCAUAUGGUAGUGAAUCUAGGGCACGCUCAUACAAUGAUGGUUUUGGUGGAUUUGGUGACUAUGGUGGUUUUGGUGGUGGUGGUUUUGGUCCUGCUCCUUAUAGGUCUUUUGGAGGUUUUGGCAGCAGAUUUGGAGAUUAUGGUGGUUAUGGUGGUGCUGCUGCUGAUUUUGGUGGUAGUUAUGGGGGGUUUGGUGGUGGUGGUGGUUUUUCUGGUUAUCGUGGAGAUUCAUCAUUUGGUUAUUCUAGCCGAUUCGGUUCCUAUGCUGGUGGGCUUAGUGGGAGUGGUAUAGGUGCAUAUGGACGUGGAGGUGGUGGCUAUGGAAGUUAUGGUGGUUCAGGCUCAAGUGGUAGUUAUGAUUCAGGCCCAGGUGCUGGUUUUGGUGGAUCAGGUGGAUUAUAUGGUAGUAGAACAGGAUAUGGAGGCAGUAGUCGCUAUCAUCCUUACGCAAGGUAGAGGUGUGUUUAAGAUCUUCCAUAGAAGUUGCCCCAGGUUUUCAAAUUCUCAGCAUUUGUCACCACAUGGUUCGGUAGGCACUGUGCACUUUUGCAAGUGGGCACUAUCUAGAAGAUCAGAGGAACUAUUAGAUUUGCCCGUCUUCAGUCUAUUGCUUAGAGAACCCAAGUUAGAUCAGCAUCAACCUAGAUCUUCUCAUCAAAGAGCAAACUUGAAUUUUAGUUGAGCUGCUAUCUUUUUCUCUAAGUUUAUUAUUGUCAGUUUAUUGUGGUUAAAGACUUCUAUCCUGUUUUGAGCUUAGUUAGAACCACUUUUGAGGUGUGGAUGUAACAUUUAGGUAAUUAGUAAUUACACACUGGAUUGUUGUUGACAUAGAGAGCUUGUUGCUUUUUAACUUUCUAGUUUUUCCUGGUAUGCAAAUCUCAAGGCCUAGGUAACUUUUCACAGGUAGCAUAUGCAUUUAUGUGGUUCUGUAGCUACACAGGUAAGAGCACUAUUCAAUUUAAGUUUCUAGUUUAUGUUGAACUAAACAGCGAUUCGGCUUAGACAGUUUGAAAUGCUUGUAGAUAUUAAUUAACUAGUGAGAUGGCUUUUAAUAGUGUGGGUACAUAUCUUGGGGAUGCAUACAGUAGUGCAUGUAAAAUGUUUCGAACUUGCAUGGUGUGGUGCAUUUCUUCAGCUCAAGGAUUUGGUAAUGUUUGUUGAGCAUUUACCAUUUCGAGGAAGUAGGGAGAUAAAAAUGAAAGAAUUGUAAAGCACCACCCCGGGGGGGGGGGGGGGAGAUGAAACGAGUUUUCCAUAUACCAAGUUUCCUUGUGCUAAUCAAAGGUGGUGGAUGUGCUUGAAAUGCAAAUUAUAUACUGUUGGUAUUGUUGUUGCUGUUGCAGAUACGAUGGGUUUUCCAAUGAAUGAAUAUAAUAUAAAGAUCAUUCAUGGAUACAAGUUGUGAAUUUCUUGUUUAUUGUUUCAAGGAAAGUGUUGCCUAAGCUUUGAUGGUAUGAGUUUUGAUAUCAAGGUAGCAUAACGUACUAAAACUAAGUGUUAUUUGGGGGAUUAAAUCUUGUUAAUCUAAUUAACAACAAUAUAUUUAUUUAAAAUUGGAUAAAAGCUCUCAUGAGGAUGACUGUAGCUUUUAAUA